AAGAUGGCGGCAGAUUUGAGUGUAAACAAAGUUAUACUUUUGCAGGCAGGCGUGCGGGGGUUUCUUGUGCGUAAAAAGUUACUCGAAGUCCGGAAAGAAUUUGAGGAAAUUUUGAGUGAGCUGGAAAAUGAUACAAACUUUGUCUGGUGGAAGACACAAGUUCCAGGGCUUCCUUUGAUGAGUACGGAUCCUAAAGGACUAGACAAAGCAAUAGAGAAAAGUAAUUCAGGCCUAGACGGAGAAAGUGACGAUGAAUCGAAACGAACAUAUCUCAUCACGGAAGGUUCUGGUUCAUCAGAUGUAGAUGACAACUGCGAGGGUGAUCCUCUUAUAAAAAACCCUGUUCCUCAAGAUUCAAGCUUCGAAAGGCUUAAUUCAGCGUCAGAGACAUAUCUUAAGAUAAGUACUGCAGAGCUAGAGGGUAAAACGAUGGUAGAUGCGAAUUCUAGACUCAAAGAACAUGAUGACGGUGAAAGGUAUGACGCUGAUGAAGGACUACUUCCAGAAAGGCCUAUUCCUGGUGCGUCAAACCCUGAAAGUGUUAACUGCAGUAGUGAAUUGCAUAUCAACCAUGUGUUUGGUUUACAAAAUGGAACAACUUCCUUGCAGGUGGAAAAGCCAGAUACAGAAGCUUCAUUAUUUGGAGGACAAAAUCUGGAAAGGCAGAAUUUGUUUAAUGCAAAUGCAGAACUAACUUUUCAACAUGGUAGUCCAGUUGAAACAUCUCGCCAUAUCAGAGAGCCACAUUUCCCCCUUAACAGUACUGUUAACCCUGGGUGGCAGAAUGAACAAGAGAUGAGGAGGUCUUUUGGACCACCUGACAGUGCAUCUGAGGCAUCGCUUCGAGAAUAUGUGUCCAGGACACCACAUCUGAGGGAACAAGCGCUUCUUAGUGACACUUGGUUGACUGAUAAAUCAUUUGAUACAGGACUUGACAAAGAGUUAAAGCAUGACCUCCCUACUGAUCCUGUCAAACUUCAUCAAUUAAAGGAUCAUAUAGGAAUGGAACUAUUGUGGACAGAACAAGCCAUACAGAGCAGGAAAAAGUAUUUGAGAUUGAAAGAAGGAUUCAAACAUAAUGAGGGAGAUUAGAGGACUCAUUAAUUGAUGUCGAAGAUUCUUUACCCCACAUUUGAACCUUACUAUUUACUGUCAAGUCUACGUUUGGCAUUGCUUUCUGUCCUUGCAAAUCAUGUGUUUAAAGUUAUCAGUAGCAUUGCUCUGGUGGAUGCACCAAUUCAUCCAGGAUUGCAUCACAUCUUCCUUUAUUCAUUUUGUAUGUGUUGAAUAUAGUGGCAGUGCUCAAGUUCAAAGUCGCUGCUGAUGAAGGGACAAACGCUUUGAGGAAAUUCAAUUCUGAAGAGUGCAAGAGAUGUUUUAAGUUUGGCACAACACUUUUUACCAGAAA